AUGUUGGAAGUAACUCCUCUCCUAACAAGAACUAAACAUGCAGGGAUUUUGGAGGGGUCUAAUGAAGACCUGUGGAUUGUCUUCAGAGUAUCAGCAGUUGAGGUGAAGACACCAGAGGAGCUCUUUGUGGAGAAUGGGACAGAAGCAAGACUUCCAUGCCCAUUUUCAUCCUCAGAGGUGAUCAGCAGCGCAACGUCCGUCUCCUGGAGCUUCCAACCAGAGGGAGCAACGACCCCUGUAUCAUUCUUCUAUUACUCUCAAGGGAACGCAUACCCUGGGAAGGACACACCAUUUAAGAACAGAAUCAGUUGGGCUGGAGACCUUAACAAGAAAGAUGCAUCUGUCAGCAUAGCAAACGUGCAGUUCCGGGACAACGGCACUUACUUCUGCGAUGUCAAGAACCCACCUGACAUAGUUGUCAAGCCAGGAGAAAUCCGACUUAGAGUCGUGCAGAGAGUCAGAGUAUCAGCAGUUGAGGUGAAGACACCAGAGGAGCUCUUUGUGGAGAAUGGGACAGAAGCAAGACUUCCAUGCCCAUUUUCAUCCUCAGAGGUGAUCAGCUGCGCAACGUCCGUCUCCUGGAGCUUCCAACCAGAGGGAGCAACGACCCCUAUAUCAACUUGCUACCACCCUUUGGCCUGAGGAUUUUUUCAGAGAUGGUGCCUUUACUUACCUCUCACCAGGCCUUGGGGACUAUAAUCAUGCA